AGAGAGUGAGAGAGAGAGAGAGAGACAGAGACAGAGACAGAGAGAGAGAAGAGAGUAUCGUGCGCCUCUCAGCCAGUCUCGGUAAAGAGAGGAAAUUAUCGUGCGCCUCUCAGUCAGUCUCAGUAGCGCAUUGUGCCCACCCUCCCCAAACAGCAAAGGAUGCAGACACUCCAAUCGCCUUCUCUCCGCUUCUCACCCUUAGAAUCCCUCUCUUUACCCAAACACCCAACCGUCCGACGCGUCAGAUCCAGUAACGUCAGACGCGCCACCACCAUCUCCGCUUCCGGGUCUGCCCCGAAGAGGGAGACCGACCCUAAGAAGCGGGUCGUCAUAACGGGGACGGGCCUCGUCUCCGUCUUCGGCAACGACGUCGACACCUACUACGAUCGCCUCCUUGCCGGUGAGAGCGGCAUCGGACCCAUCGAUCGCUUCGACGCCUCCAAAUUCCCCACUCGAUUCGGCGGUCAGAUCCGAGGGUUCAAGUCCGACGGCUACAUCGACGGCAAGAACGAUCGGCGUCUUGAUGACUGCCUUCGCUACUGCCUUGUCAGUGGCAAGAAGGCGUUGGAGAAUGCCGGCCUCGGUGCGGGCCAUCUUGAUAAGAUAGAUAAGGAGCGAGCUGGUGUGCUUGUUGGGACGGGCAUGGGUGGUCUUACAGUGUUUUCUGACGGCGUUCAGUCACUUAUAGAGAGAGGUUACAGGAAAAUAACCCCAUUUUUCAUUCCAUAUGCCAUAACAAACAUGGGCUCUGCCUUGCUUGCAAUUGAACUUGGUUUCAUGGGGCCGAACUAUUCAAUUUCUACUGCAUGUGCUACCUCCAAUUACUGCUUCUAUGCUGCUGCUAACCACAUCCGGCGAGGCGAGGCUGAUUUAAUGCUUGCUGGGGGAACUGAAGCUGCAAUUAUUCCCAUUGGCUUAGGUGGUUUUGUUGCAUGUAGAGCUCUAUCCCAGAGAAACGAUGAUCCCCAGACUGCAUCUAGGCCAUGGGAUAAAGACCGAGAUGGCUUUGUUAUGGGUGAAGGUGCUGGAGUAUUGGUAUUGGAGAGCUUGGAACAUGCAAUGAAACGUGGUGCACCAAUUAUUGCCGAGUACUUGGGAGGUGCUGUUAACUGCGAUGCUUAUCAUAUGACGGAUCCUAGAGCCGAUGGACUUGGUGUCUCAACAUGCAUUGAAAGGAGUCUUGAAGAUGCUGGUGUGGCCCCAGAAGAGGUUAACUACAUAAAUGCACAUGCAACUUCCACACUUGCUGGAGACCUGGCCGAGGUGAAUGCUAUCAAGAAGGUCUUCAAGAACACUUCGGAAAUCAAAAUCAAUGCAACCAAGUCUAUGAUUGGGCACUGCCUUGGAGCUGCAGGCGGACUUGAAGCCAUUGCUACAGUGAAAGCAAUUAAUACUGGGUGGCUGCAUCCUACCAUAAAUCAAUUUAAUCCAGAGCCUUCAGUUGAGUUUGAUACGGUGGCAAAUACAAAGAAGCAGCAUGAAGUGAAUGUUGCCAUUUCAAAUUCUUUUGGAUUCGGAGGACACAACUCGGUGGUGGUUUUUUCUGCGUUCAAACCUUGAUUACAGACCGGGUCCAUAUAACCACAAGAAGGGGGCCUGCUUUUCUUGAUAAACUAGAUACCCAUUACUUUUUCAUCUUUGAUUUCUUCUCCUUUCUUUGACUGUUAUGAAUUGUCGGCUGAGAAGGAAUGAUUUUUCUGAGUGGAAGCUUUUAAUUUUCUGAAUAAAAGUAGCGAGAGUUGAGAUUUUAGUUGCAUUCGGAAUCAUAGUUUAUGGAUCUUGGACUGUUGGCCAGGUAGUUUUUAGUUGCAUUCAGAAUCAUAGUUUAUGGAUCUUGGACUGUUGGCCAGGUCAUAGUUUUUCCCCCACUUAGCGUUUUAGAUGAAUUUCUGAUGCGUUGUAGACAGCAACCUUUAAUAUUUCUUGAGGGAUUACUUAAAUUUCAUAUUCAUAGUUCUCUCUA